AUGCCAACUGCAUUAGUGCAAGUAUACGCGGAGAACGGAGAAAAACACUUGAUGAGAGCGCUGUUGGACCCAUGCUCACAGGAGUCUUUUAUAACUGAGGCCGCCGCACAAAAGCUUCGUUUACGACGUACCUCAGUCAGUGGGCAUGUCACGGGAGUUGAGAAAAUGAAGACUACGCUCAAGUAUGUAACAGAAAUAGAGUUCUCAUCAAGAAUCGAGCUUAAGAUGAAGAUGAAGGCAACUACUUACGUUGUGCGUCACAUCACCGACAUUAUGCCGGAGAAUGAAGUCAAGAUGGAAAACUGGAAACAUGUAGAGAAGUUGUGCCUCGCAGAUCCAACAUGUCACACUCCAGGUCAUAUCGACUUGCUUUUAGGAGUCGAAGUUUGGAGCGAAGUUAUUAAACCUGGAGUGAUCAAGGGCCCCUCAGGAACACCUAUAGCACAAGAUAGUCACCUGGGGUGGAUAGUUUGCGGAAAUGUGAGGACAGAGCACACUGCCACAAAAAACAUCGUCAGCAUGCAUCUUAAUGUUGAUCUUAACAACAUGCUGAAGAAGUUCUGGGAGUUAGAAACCAUAGAAGAAGAAAGUAAUACACUAACCUCAGACGAAAAGAAGGCAGAAGACAUUUAUGAGAAGACACACAAAAGAAAAGAAGAUGGUCGUUACGUGGUCAGGUUGCCAUUUAGAGAAGAACCACCUGUGCUACCACGUGACUCACGAGAGAUAGCAGUGAAGAGAUGGAUGUCGCUAGAAAGAAGAUUAGAUAAGAAUCCAGAAUUGAAACAAGAUUACAACGACGUCUUACAAGAGUACUUAGAUCUGCAACACAUGAAGAAGGUAGAUGAUGAAGAAAGAGCCGAGAAUUGCGUGUACCUACCACAUCAUGCUGUUGUAAGAGACGACAAACAAACCACACGAGUUAGAGUUGUAUUUCAUGCGUCAUGUUCUGGAACUAAUGGGGUCACCUUAAACGAUGCAUUGCUCGUAGGUCCUACUCUGCAAGAAGAUUUACGCGAUAUACUGCUGAGAUGGAGAACGCACAAAAUCGCAUAUGUCGCAGAUAUCAUUAAAAUGUAUCGGCAGAUCGAAGUUAAUGACGCAGAUACAAAUUAUCAAAGAAUUGUUUGGAGAAGUGAUGCUCAAAAACCGAUAGAAGACUACAAGCUAGUUACCGUUACCUUCGGGACCUCUUGCGCUCCCUACUUGGCUAUCAAAACCUUACGUCAAGUUGCGAUAGAUGAGGGUCAAGAGUAUCCUGAAGCACAGCGUAUAAUACUAGAGGAUUUCUACAUGGACGACGUCUUGUCGGGGCAAGAAACAGAAGAUGAAGCUAAAAGAAAUCAGAAAGAAAUCACAGCAAUUCUCAAAAAGGGUGGGUUUGAACUUCAAAAGUGGAGUUCAAAUAGUGAAGCAUUCAUGCAAGAGAUUGAACCUGUAAAACGAUCCCCAAAGGCCCAGAGAGAAGUAGAUGGAAGAGACAGUAUUAAGACUUUGGGUAUAAUUUGGAACACUAAAGAAGAUAAAUUACAAAUAACGAAUAAUUUGAAAGACUUACCUGAACAACCUGUCACGAAGAGGAAUGUUUUAGCAGAUAUAGCUUCAUUAUUUGAUCCGAUGGGUUGGCUGGCGCCUGCGGUAGUCAUCACUAAAACAUUCAUGCAAAAAUUAUGGCAGUUAGGUGUUGGUUGGGAUGAAAAACUCGCAGAUGACGUGAAGGAAGAGUGGUUGAAGUUUAGAAAAGAGAUUCCUGCAUUUACAGAAGUAAAGAUAAAUCGCUGGAUACAUACCAAUGCAGACAGAAGCUCGAUGGAGAUUCAUGGAUUCGCGGACGCCUCGAUGAGCACUUACGCAGCAGUAAUAUACGUCCGAAUUAUCGACACAGACGGGCAAGUACAAGUAUCGCUACUCACGGCUAAAACGAAAACAGCGCCUUUGAAGCAAAUAUCCAUGCCAAGAUUGGAGAUGUGCGCUGCGGUUCUGCUAUGUAGACUUCUGAAACAUGUUGUAAGCAUAUUCAAAGUUGACAAACAUCAAGUAUUUGCCUGGUCAGAUUCACAAGUUGUACUGUCAUGGAUAAAAGGCGACCCAGGUCGAUGGACUCCUUUUGUAAAAAAUCGAGUUACUGAAAUUAAGAAAAUGAAUGAGAUAAACGGGUGGUAUUAUGUCAAUACUAAACAAAAUCCAGCAGACCCAGCCUCACGAGGAGUUAUGCCAAAAAAGCUCUUGACAAAUACACUCUGGUGGAAUGGACCGGCGUUUCUCAAGGAGCCAGCCAUAGAACUGCCGGGAACCGAAGUACCUGAAACAGAUUCAGAAUGCAAAAAAGUUAUAAAAACAUUAGUUACUACCACUAAAGAAAAUGAAGAGGAAUUAAUACUUACCUUGAUCGCUAAAUACUCGUCGCUCGGGAAACUGGUGAGAAUAAUCGCAUACUGUCGUAGAUGGAUGCUGCACCUGAAAAGAAAGAGAGAAAAUAAAGAUCACUUACCAACUUACCUGACGACUGAAGAGAGAGAUGAAGCACUUACUAUUUGCUUAAGACGAUUCCAGGAAAUCGAAUUUCAAGAAGAAAUUGAUGAUAUAAAGAGUAAGAGACAGCUGAAAAGAAAAAGUCGAUUGUUGUCACUCGCCCCCUUUUUAGAUCCAAAGGGUGUGUUGAGAGUAGGCGGCCGACUACGCCAUGCUGAUUUAGAAGCCCAACAGAAGCACCCCAUUAUAAUCACGAAGGACAAUGCUCUGUUACCUCUUCUUCUAGCAGAAGCACACAGCAGCACUCUUCAUGGCGGUCCGCAAUUGAUGGUGAUGUAUCUUCGAUCCAAAUACUGGCUAAUCAACAUGACUAAUAGAAUAAAGAAAUAUGUACGCAACUGCAUCGUGUGUAUCCGUCAGAGAGGAGAAACCGGCAGUCAGCUCAUGGGAGAUCUACCUGCUAUAAGAGUAAAGCCCGCAAAGCCUUUUUUGAUCAGCGGAGUAGAUUUUGCGGGACCUAUAAAUGUGCGUAUGAGCAAAGGCCGUGGGGCAAAAUCCACCAAGGCGUACAUAUCUCUCUUUGUCUGCAUGGUGACCAGAGCUUUCCACAUCAAGCUUGUGAGUAGUUUAAGCACAGAGGCAUUUCUAGCAGCUUUAAAACGAUUCGUAGCUAGACGAGGACGAUGCGCAGAGAUGUGGAGCGACCAUGGCACAAAUUUCAUAGGAGCCAAGAAAGACUUGAUAGCCAUGUGGCGCCAAGGUCAAGCAAGAAUCCCAGACGAGUUUGCAGCUCAGUUGGACAAUAUGAGGAUUAAAUGGAAGUAUAUUCCUCCUGCAGCUCCAAACUUUGGUGGUAUAUGGGAGGCCGGCGUGAAGUCUAUCAAAUAUCAUAUGAAAAGAGUCAUAGGAAAUUCAACCCUCACCUUUGAAGAAAUGACGACGCUACUUGCCCAGAUUGAAGGUUGUCUGAACUCUCGGCCCUUAUAUCCUCUCAAUGAUGAUCCAGACUCCUUACAGUCCUUAACCCCAGGUCAUUUUUUGACCACUGAACAGAUUGUUAGUAUCCCUGAUGAGGACUAUACAGACUUUAAGAUUCACCAACUAUCUAGAUGGCAACUAACGCAAAAGAUGUUGCAAGAUUUCUGGAGACAGUGGCAGAAGGAGUUUUUAACCCGUCUUCAGCAACGUCCUAAGUGGAACCGCGUAACCAAAGAUCUUGACAUAGGCGACUUGGUACUGGUCAAAGACCAACGACUCCCGCCUGGAAGCUGGCCGAUGGGUCGUAUUAUAGGAAGACAUCCAGGCCCUGAUGGCUUAACUCGGACUUACGAUAUACGGACAAUUUCUGGUGUUUUACAAAGAUCUAUUACUAAAUUAUGUGUUUUGCCUUGUGUAAAGGACUCCGUCCUUUCCGGGGGAGUAUGUUCAAGUUAA